CGCGUCACCGGCGACCGCGUCGCACACCCAAUUCACAACGGACCCUGUUGGCUGCUGCUGUUACCCUUCUCCUUCGGGCCCUUUCCACCAUUUCCACAUUUAGAAGCGCCCAGUGCCCUUUCCUCCUCCAGCAGAUAGUUUCCUUGCAUUGGCGAGUAAGUUGGUGGCCUCGAGCUACAAGUGAACCGUGAAGGGGGCGGCAAGGUAAGGGGAACUGAUUGAUUGAUGGCGGCGGGCGCCGGAGGCGGCGCGGCGGCGCCGUUCGUGUGGAAGACGUACAUGAUGGUGGAGGACCCCGGGACGGACGGGGUGAUCGGGUGGGGGAAAGGCAACAACAGCUUCGUCGUCGCCGACCCCUUCGUCUUCUCGCAGACGCUGCUCCCCGCGCACUUCAAGCACAACAACUUCUCCAGCUUCGUCCGACAGCUCAACACCUAUGUCAGUUAAAAAUCACUCAUCGAUUGCCAUCUCUCUCUCUCCUCCAAGCUCAAAACGACCCUCCGUGGGAGGCUGCUGGAUCUGUAUAAACUGCAGAAUCUAUGACUAUGUUGGUUGAGAUGUGAGGCUUUUUAUUUAUUUAUUUAUUUGGGAGGGAAAUGGAAAUUGUUUCAGUCAGUUUUUUUUGGCGUGUGUCCAAUGCUCAUCAGUAGCUCUUGCCGUGCUGUACCAACGCAAAUCUGUAAAUGCUUUUUGUUGGACAAAAAAAGAAAGAAAUUGAGGCAGAGAAUAGAGAUCCGCCGUCGGCCGUGGCCAAACAGUCCAAUAUGGGCACCCUGAAUAUGCAUGGAGAAAAUCUGUUUUGCCCUGUUUUACUAUGGAUUUCUGCAAGAACCGAAAAGGCUAAAACUUUGUACAUACAGGACGGGUUCCGCAAGGUUGAUCCGGACCGGUGGGAGUUCGCGCACGCGUCGUUCCUGCGCGGCCAGACCCACCUCCUGCGCAACAUCGUCCGCCGCGGCAGCAGCGGCAGCGCCGGAGGCGGAGGCGGAGGCGGCGGCGGCAAGAGGAAGGACGCACCAGCGUCGGUCAACCCCGUCGAGCCUUCCGCGGAGGACAUCGCCAUGGUGGCCACGGAGGUGGUGCGCCUCAAGCAGGAGCAGCGCACCAUCGACGACCGCGUCGCCGCCAUGUGGCGCCGCGUGCAGGAGACGGAGCGCAGGCCCAAGCAGAUGCUGGCUUUCCUCCUCAAGGUCGUCGGCGACCGCGACAGGCUGCACCGCCUCGUCGGCGACGGCGGCACCGCCGCCGCGCCGGGGCCAGAUAAUAACGGGUUCGCCUCCGGGGGCGCCGCCGCCGCCGAGGAGGGCGGCGAGAAGCGGGCCAGGCUGCUGCUCGACGGUGACAACAUGGUGGCGCUCGGCCCCGAGGCCGUCGACUUCGCCGGGUUCUACAGCGGCGGCGGCGUGUUCGGGUUCGGCGACGUCGCCGUGGACGCUGCCGCGGGGUCCGGCGGCGGCGGGUGCUCGUUUGCGUUCGGCGGCGGGUACUGAGUCACGACCAUGCCGUGCGGCGCCCAUGCCGCCCAGUGUCAGCAGCUUGGCCCGCUUUUGCUGCUGUUUCUGCCGACUUCUUCUUGCCAAUGCCAUACCGGCGUGGCGGCCCGCGGCCGCUUGGAACGCCCAAGAGGCAAGAGCAGCGGCGGCAGCCGUGACAUGGAAGCAUGGCAGGGGCCUGCCUAGAGUCAGCCAGUGAUGUCCAUGCUCCAUGGUCGUGUCUAUUUGAUGCUUUUGGUGGAUCUGAUUUCAUGGGCGGGAGUGACUACCGCGUCGGGAUCAUCCAAGCUAAAUAAGGAACUACUGUCUGUGAUGGAGUGUGACCUUGGAAGGAACUUCCUGAAAUGUGUAGGUUUGAUUGAUGUUGUACAUGCAUGGUUAUUAUUGUAGUGGCCAAGUCCAUGGAUAUUUCAAUCUCCUGCAGAUAUGCAGCUGGAAAAUUGAGAGCACUAUUAAUUAAGUUUUACUAUCGUGUAACAA